AUGGCGUUUCAGGGAUGUGAAGUUUUUGUUGGCCAUGUUCCGCGUUUACCGAUCGAUAAUAAUGGAGGAUUCGGAUUUUCCGGGGUCUCUUGUGCACUCCGAAAAUUAAGUGAAACCAGUGUUUGUUUAUGUGAGAAGAUCUUCAAAAGUGUUAUUUUUGAUCGGUUACAUCACAGCAAGUUUUGGGAGUCUUCAAAAACGUUCGCGAUAUGUGUUUCAAAUCACGCAGGUGCGUACGCAGCCGUAGUCUUUCUAUUCUGUCUGGGCCUGCUCGAACGCGCGAUUCCCCUUCAUGAUGGCCAUUCAUUUGGGCUUAUCCUUUACGCCGCCGCAAAAGAGUUUGCGUCAUUUGUCUUCGAUGUUGCCCCGUCGCAAUGA